AUGGCCAGCGAAGUGAAAGCAGCAGAGGUGGAGAAAAUUCCAAUCGAAAAUUUGAGCGUGGAAGACGAACAGUCGCCAGCUCCUGAAAGUCAGGACGCAGAAAAGAAAAAGAAGAAGAAGAAUAAGAAGAAGAAGAAAAUCUCCAACAUCGACUCAUCUUACCCCGAUGGAGUUUUUCCUGAAGGACAAUGGAUGGAGUACCCAUUGGAAGUGAACAGCUACCGUACCACUGACGAGGAGAAGAGAUACUUGGACAGACAGCAGAACAACCACUGGCAGGACUUUAGAAAGGGUGCCGAGAUCCAUCGUAGAGUUAGAGCAAAAGCUCAGCAGUUGAUCAAGCCCGGAAUGGCUAUGCUUGACAUUGCAGACCUUAUCGAGAACUCCGUGCGUUCCUACACUGGAAACGACCACACUUUGAAGCAAGGUAUUGGAUUCCCUACUGGAUUGUCUGUGAACCAUGUGGCUGCACAUUAUACACCAAAUUCGUCAGACAAACUUGUGUUGAAACAGGAAGACGUGAUGAAGGUGGACAUUGGAGUGCAUGUCAACGGUCACAUUGUUGAUUCAGCAUUUACCUUGACUUUUGACGAUAAGUACGACAACCUCUUGACUGCAGUCAGAGAAGCAACAUAUACCGGUAUCAACGAGGCCGGUAUCGAUGUCAGAUUAAACGAUAUCGGUGCAGCAGUGCAGGAGGUAAUGGAAUCCUAUGAAUUGGAGUUGAACGGCAAGACCUACCCCAUCAAGUGUAUCAGAAACUUGAACGGACACAACAUUGGAGACUACGUGAUUCAUUCAGGAAAGACCGUGCCGAUUGUAGCCAACGGAGACAUGACCAAGAUGGAGGAGGGUGAAACCUUUGCCAUUGAGACUUUCGGAACAACCGGUAAGGGUUAUGUGAUCUCUCAGGGUGAGUGUUCUCACUACGCCUUGAACCAGAACAUUGACGACAUCAAGCUUCCUGGAGACAGAGCCAGGGAGUUGGUUCAGAGCAUUAAGAGCAACUUCGGAACCUUGCCAUGGUGCCGUAGAUACUUGGAACGUGCAGGAGAGGAUAAGUACCUUCUAGCGUUGAACCAGUUGGUUCGUGCUGGAGUAGUUGAGGACUACCCACCAUUAGUGGACGCUACCGGUUCUUACACUGCCCAGUUUGAGCAUACUAUUUUGUUGCAUCCACACAAGAAGGAGGUUGUUUCAAAGGGAGACGAUUACUAG